CCCUACUCCAUUAUGGCGCAGACAAGGGGCUGGGAGGAGAGGGCGCGCCGCGUGUAUCAAACCCGGCGUUAUAUUUACGUUUCGGGCGUGGCUACUCAGUUUUAUUGGAAAUGGGGACUAAUAGCACUUUCAUUGGUCGCAGCUUGUGGGUGUGGUUCAUGGUAUUCUUUGCUGUCAGUUAGCCAGAAUACAAUUACCCAGGACCUUGCCAUGGAAUGCCCGGGGCCAUUCCGGCAGCACAAUUUCAAGUGAUGCCAUGGUAUGAUGCCUAGUAGGGCAGCUGAUAUGGUUGCCGGCGUUGAAGGAGACUUGAACAACUCGUUCCGCAAAGGCUUGACGUCGCUCUGUGAUCCUCCGGGGGUGCAACUCCCCCGUGGGUACGAAGAUCUAAGGUCUUACAUCAAGGGUAUUGCGGCUUUCUAUGCCUGCUCAGUCAUGACAGGGCCAGGCCAGGCCGUGGAGGAUGAUAUGGUGGGGGAAAAUAUAGCCAUGCACCAGAGCGAAACGCGUCUGCAGCCUUGCCCGUCCGGAAAGCAUGCGUUGGCAGCAUUGCACAGGUGAGAUGUCAAAUCACACACCUGCUUGUAUGGUGUGCCGUCAAUCAACGUUCCAAAAAUCCGAGGACUCUGGCCAAGAAGUCGAAGGGUCGGAGGGAAUUCAGGGGGCUAGUGUGCAAGCCAAUUGGUAUUGUGAAAUGAAUGAUGACAGCUCUGAAUGUUGCGAAGAAGCCAGUGUCAGUGUCAUAAAUUAACAGUCCUGGGAAGGCUCGGGCCAAUAUUGGGUAUAUCGGGUAGAGACAGUAGCCUAGCAAGGAUCCUGGCAUUGAACUGAAACAAA